AAUAGGCGCCAUCACGUGACCCGCAUCACGUAUAUACGAUGCUGCCCCCAUACUAUAACCCACUUGUUACAUGCUGCUGCUGUGCACCACGAGGAUUCAGCUUUUUUUUCGGAACUGGAAGAUCGUCGAGGCAACACACAGCUGCAGGGCUGCGACGAGGAUGUCGGGCCGCCGCCAAGAAGGAGGGGACGCGUGCUGCUCGGCCUCGGCGUGCCGGCUGCAGCCGAGUGAGGAGGGGCCGGCCGAGCCGAGCGCCGGCGAGCGCCAGCAGCUGGCGAGGCGAGCGCUGCCGCGCAGCAAGGGCGAGACGCGGGGCCAGCGGGGCAGUGGCCUGACCCACGAGUGCGGCGUGUUCGGCUGCAUCGCGGCCGGCGACUGGCCGUCGCAGAUCGACGUGCCGCAGGUGAUAUGUCUGGGGUUGGUGGCGCUGCAGCACAGGGGCCAGGAGAGCGCGGGCAUAGUGACUUCGGAAGGCGUCUGCGCUAAGUCGUUCCACGUGCACAAGGGCAUGGGCAUGAUCAACAACAUCUUCAACGACGACAGCAUGCGCAAGCUGCGCGGCAACCUCGGCAUCGGCCACACGCGCUACAGUACCAGCGCCGCCAGCGAGGAGGUCAACUGCCAGCCGUUCGUCGUGCACACGGCGCACGGCGCCCUGGCCGUCGCUCACAAUGGUGAGCUCGUCAACACCGAGUCUUUGAGGAAGAUGGUACUGGGCCGCGGCGUCGGCCUGUCCACCCACUCGGACUCGGAACUGAUCACACAGGCGCUCUGUCUUAAUCCCCCCGAGGGCGAGCUCAACGGCCCUGACUGGCCGGCGCGUAUCAAGCAUUUGAUGCAACUCGCCCCACUCUCCUACUCGCUCGUUAUCAUGCAGAGGGAUCGUAUAUAUGGCGUCAGAGAUCCUUAUGGGAAUCGGCCACUUUGCAUCGGCAAGAUUGUACCCAUUGGUCAUUUAGGGCAUGAUUCCGAUGACGACAAUAUCGAGGCCGAAGGAUGGGUCAUCUCGUCCGAGUCGUGCGGCUUUCUCAGCAUUGGAGCCAGAUACGUGCGCGAAGUCUUCCCCGGUGAAAUUGUCGAGCUGACAAGAGAAGGCAUCAAGACCAUCGACAUCGUCGAACGCCCUGACAAAAAAGCUCAAGCUUUCUGCAUUUUUGAGUACGUUUACUUCGCCAGAAGCGACAGUAUUUUCGAAGGACAAAUGGUGUAUUCGGUGAGAAUGCAAUGUGGUCGAGUUCUCGCACGAGAAUCGCCAAUCGACGCUGAUAUUGUUAGUUCCGUUCCGGAAUCUGGUACUGCAGCUGCACACGGAUAUGCACGAGAGUCUAAAAUUCCAUUUGCUGAGGUACUAUGUAAAAACAGAUACGUAGGCAGGACAUUCAUUCAACCAAGUACGAGACUCAGGCAACUUGGUGUCGCGAAGAAAUUUGGCGCUCUGUCGGAAAAUGUCAAGGGCAGGAAAAUUAUUCUUAUCGACGAUUCGAUCGUCAGAGGAAAUACGAUUGGACCUAUUAUCAAAUUAUUGAAGGACGCUGGAGCUAAGCAAGUACAUAUCCGUAUCGCCUCACCGCCAUUGAAGUAUCCGUGUUACAUGGGUAUAAAUAUUCCAACGCGCGAGGAGUUGAUAGCCAAUCGACUGGAUAACAUAAAAUUGGCAAAGCAUGUAGGUGCUGACAGCCUGACAUACCUGUCCGUCGAGGGUCUUGUUCAAGCUGUACGACAUGGAAUGGACAAUCGUGAGAGUAGUUACAUUGGCCAUUGUACUGCAUGCCUUACUGGUGAAUAUCCCGACGAGUUGUCGAGUGAUCUCUGUUGGUGAAGAAAAAAGAUGUGUUUUAACAAAAGUGAAAUUAAUAUGAACAAUUUUAUACUUAUUGAGGCAUUUUUUUCAUGACAUCCGACGGCGGUUAGGCGCGCUCGUCGAUGUACAUAAUAUAUAAGUAUCAUUUAUGGAAUUAAGCAUGGUAAUACCUCAUAAAAUAGUGUAUGUUGAUUAUGUAACAUCUAUGUAUACAUAUGUAUGGUGAGUUUAAAUUUAAUGUACAGCUUGAUAUUUUUGUUAUAAAAAGUCACACUUUUGA